AUGCCACAAACAACAAUAGUAAGCUACCUCAUUAUAGCCCUGCUAUACAUCAUCCCAAUCUUAAUUGCCGUGGCUUUCUUGACUCUAGUCGAACGAAAAAUUCUAAGCUACAUGCAAUCCCGUAAAGGCCCCAACAUCGUGGGGCCUUUUGGCCUGCUCCAACCCAUUGCAGACGGAAUCAAACUAUUCAUUAAAGAGCCCAUUCGACCUUCCACCUCCUCACCGCUCCUCUUCAUCAUAAUGCCCAUACUAGCCCUCCUCCUAGCCCUCACCGCCUGAGUGCCCCUCCCCCUCCCGUUCUCACUAGUAGACCUGAACCUCGGGGUCCUCUUUAUAGUAGCCAUAUCAAGCUUAGCCGUCUACUCAAUCCUAUGAUCAGGCUGAGCCUCAAACUCAAAAUAUGCACUAAUCGGAGCCCUACGGGCAGUUGCACAAACCAUCUCAUAUGAAGUAACACUAGCACUCAUCCUACUGUCAGUAAUCAUACUAACCGGAAACUACACACUCAGCACUUUUGCCAUCGCACAAGAACCCCUUUACCUCAUCUUCUCCUCGUGGCCCCUGGCAAUAAUGUGAUAUGUAUCCACCCUAGCAGAAACAAACCGGGCCCCAUUUGACCUAACGGAGGGCGAGUCUGAACUGGUCUCAGGGUUUAACGUUGAAUACGCCGCAGGGCCUUUCGCCCUGUUUUUCCUAGCCGAAUAUGCCAACAUCAUGCUGAUAAACACGCUCACAGCCAUCAUCUUCCUUAACCCAAGCGCCCUAGGGCCCCCUACAGAGCUAUUCCCCAUCAUCCUAGCCACAAAAGUCCUCCUUCUAUCCUCCGGCUUCCUAUGGGUCCGAGCCUCCUACCCCCGAUUCCGAUAUGACCAGCUUAUGCACCUCCUAUGAAAAAACUUCCUACCCCUCACACUAGCCCUAUGCCUCUGACACACUAGCCUACCCAUCUGCUACGCAGGCCUACCUCCUUCCACAAGG